AGAGAGAUUAACCAAAAAUGGAGUCUUUAACUAUGAAAAAUUUGAUCUUUGCAACUCAAUUUUCAAUUCCAAUGAGGAAUUCAACAAACCCAUUUCAUAUAAGAAGGAUUUGCAGCUCUUCUUGGAAAAUUCACUUCAAAAAAUCAGACUUUCAAGUUCCAAUGAGGAAUUCAAGAAACCCAAUUCAUAUACGAAGGAUUUGCAGCACUUCUUGGAAAAUUCGCUUCAAAAAAUCAGACUUUCAAGAUUUUCGGGACUAUGUAAAACCUUCCCGCCUAUUACCAACCACUGACGUAAAAUUCAGUGGAGAUUGGUCGCUGGAAAACAUGCUCAAUCAUUCAAAAGUGGAUAAAUCCAAUUCGAUUUACCAAGUCAAGCUGCAAACAAGUAGUGCAUAUGGGUCAGAUUUUACCGACAUAAACUCUGAAGUCCUGCUUUGUUUGAUAGAUGAAAAUGGCAACUCAAUCUUACAGAGGAUAUCGGCUGGUUCUGAUCGUCUCCACUUCCAAAGAGGUUCCGUAGAUGAGUUCAUAGUUGAGGGACCUAAACUUGGAAAAAUUGCGGCUGUUUGGAUCAGCCCAGAAUCAGGUCAGUGGAGACUUGGAGGUAUAAGCAUAACUGUUAUUUCCCUACUAAGUUCUGCGUCAGUAGAAAACGAGAAGAAUUUAUCCGACUGCACAGCCAUCCAAUAUGACUUUGAUAUCGAGGAUGUCUUGCUCGGUGAGAAAAGCGAUAGUUCCAUGAUGGAGUUUAGACCAUGUUCAGUUACCGAGUCUUCCCAGGACAACAUCGUAUCACUAAGCGAAAAAACUUCGCCAUCAUCUUCCCUUAACACUCAGAACAUAUCGAACGAAGACACCAUGAAGGAAUACGCAGACUUGAAACUAUCUUUAUUGUUUUACGAUGCAAUCCUUACCAUUGCUGGUUCGUCAAUUGCAUUCUUAGCUGGGGAAAAGUCUGCAAUCGCCUUCUUAACAGGUGGUAUCGGAGGAUUUUUAUAUUUAUUACUCGUGCAGAGAUCUGUUGAUGUUAUACCAUCUUCAGAAUUAACUUCAAGUAACAGGACAGAGACACUUGAUCGAACCGAUAAAGGAUUUAAGGGUUCGGUUUUAAACAUAGUAUUGGCUCUUGCAGUUACUACUGUUGCAGCAAAAUAUGCUCUCGGGGAUGUUGCUAGAGUGCUGACACCGCAAGAUCUCAUGCUUGGAACGAUCGGGUUUCUAUUGUCCAAGGUAUCCGUGAUUUUGGCAGCUUUCCUACCGAUAACAGGUUUAAGAGAAAACAAAUGAUACUAUACUCAUAAUAGUCCUUGUAUAUUCAUUUAUAACUAGUAUAGAGUUACAGAUACAUAGAUGUAUAGAAUGGAUAAACGUAUAUUGAACCGUGUGUCACUGGCCCUCCCGGAUUUCUCGGUUAUAAAAGAAAUUGAUAAACAUUUACCUUAGUUAUGAUUGGUAUCCGUGUACACAAACUCUAUUCUAAUCAUAAUACAGCUGUAUAUGCAUCCUAGAACAACAAAGAUAUGUACUUUGUCAAUAUUUGGAAAAUACUAAUGAGCUUUGUUAGUGACCUCAUUUUUGUUAUU